AUGGAUUGUCAACUAAACGAUUGGGCAUACGAUUGGGCAAAAGAAAGGCAUUUAAAGAAGACUAAACGCGGAGCUUUAUCGAUAAGAGGCCGGCACGCGGCUGCGGCACUCCGGCGGUGGAGCCAACCGCACGGCAGACGCCGCAUGGCCGACCGCGGCAAAUAUCGCGUCGCGCCCCUGCCGGCGCCGACAAAGAAACAAUACGCUUACGUGCCGUGUCCACGGUCCGAAGAAGUAGGCACUGACUUAGCACUCCAACUCCUAAAAGGAUACCACCACGAGGAGCCUGAAACACCGCAGAAGUCAGUACCUGAUUUAAUUGGAUUGGAUGGGAAAGGUGAAGAGCCAUGUUCUAUGAUUACUAUUCUUAGAUGUCUCUCCAAGGAGAUUGGUCUGAAAGUUUGA